AUGGCCUCUUCAUGUUUCAUUGAUUUAUCUGGACCUACAUACUGUGUUGUAUCGGGUGCUUCUCACGGCAUUGGGAGGGCUAUAGCAGUUGAAAUUUCUAAGCUUUUAGGUCCUAAAUCAUUAAUGUUAUUGUUGGCUCGCAACAAUGAUGAAUUAGCUAAAACAGCAUCACUGUGUCAGUCAGAUAAUGUUAAGGUCACAUACAAAUCUAUUGAUUUGGGGAAAGCAUCUGUAAAUGAGAUGAAUAAUGUUCUUAAAAACUCUCUAGAUGGGUACAAAGUGACAGAUUUUGCUACUAGCUUAAUCUUCCAUAAUGUGGGCUCCCUAGGUAACUUGGCUAUUGAAACUUCACGAAUGGAGGAUUCCGAUGAUCUCAGACAAUAUUAUGAUUUAAAUGUUUUUAAGGUGAUAUCUUUAAACACACAAUUUCUUAAGAUUUUUGAGGCUAUUGAGGAUGGAAUUAUAAUUGUAAAUAUAACUUCUCUUUGUGCUAUUAAACCAAUGAGUGGCAUGGCGUACUACUGCAGUGGUAAAGCAGCUAGGGAAAUGUAUUUCAAAGUGCUUGCGGAAGAGAAAAAAAACAUUCGGGUGUUGAAUUACUCACCAGGACCUGUUGAAACAGCCAUGAUUGAUCAAGUGUUGGAUGAGACUGUGAAUGACAAUCUAAGGGAUGUGUUUACAUCCUUCAAAAAUCAAGGUACACUGUUGAAGCCAGAAAUGACGGCUAAGAAAUGUAUGAAAGUAUUACAGGCAGGCAAAUUCAUUAAUGGGGAGCAUGUCGAUUACUUUGAUGACGAAUAA